CGUCACGUCACGUCGGAACCAACAGCCUGUGGUGGCAACUGGCAACUUCUGCGGUGUUACCAAAGCAACUCAAAGCAAGAGGAGGUGGACAUUUUCUAGGAUAUCCUAAUAUUUCCCAGCAGGCCAGAGGAGACAGGGACUCUGAGGAGAACUUAUGUUGUUGGCGGUGACAUUUCAAAUGGGAGCAACCCGACAUUAAAGAGAAAAUAAGCAGCAACAGGAGGUUGGAGCCGGGGAGGACAUGGCGGACGGGAGCAGGUUCACAGCCAUUAAAUAAACGCCAAGCAUAAGCAAAGCCGACAGCGAGGGGUUGCUGCCGAGGGACUUUAAUUUAUUUGAAUGUUGCACGGAUAGCCGGGGCUCCCCAGGCCUGUCAGCCCUCCUCUGAAGCCGGCAUGGCGACCUCUCAAGCCCGGCUAGGCCAGCAGGCCUUAGCGGUGCUUGAUGUGGCUCUGCGAGUUCCCUGUAUCUUUAUUAUCGACGCCAUUUUUAACUCUUACUACGACCCCGGGUCGGGAUGGGUCGGGGUGAUGGGGAAGGUGUUCGUCAGAGUCAUGGGUGUGCUCAUCUCCAGCGUGGUGCUGCUGCUCUCCCAGAAGGCCUUGUUCAAGUUCUACACCCUCUUCUUUGCCGUCCUCCUCGGCAUGGCGGCGGUCCUCAUCAACUACUACGCCACCUCGCACAUAGACUUCUACAGCGCGUACUACAAGGCGGCGCUGGGGUUCAGGCUGUUGCCCAGAAACGGGCCGACGCUGUGGCUGGGCAUGGCCGCCGUCCAGCUAGUUUUCGGCGUGGGCUACGUGUUCCUGCUCAACCUGCAGUCGGUGUUUGCCGCCCUGGUGGUCCUGGACAUCAUGAUCCCCCUGUGGGGGCUGAUGAUCGAGCUGCCCGCCGACGUCCGGCAGCUGGUGGCCGUGUUCUCGGGCCUGGCGCUGGCGCUCAACACCGCCGUGUGCCUGGCCGCGAGGCUCAAGUGGUUCUACUACUCGUGCCGGUACGUGUACCUGCUGGUGCGGCACAUGUACCGGAUCUACGGGCUGCAGCUGCUGCUGGAGGACACGUGGAAGAGGAUCCGGUUCCCCGACGUGCUGCGGGUGUUCUGGCUGACGCGGGUCACCACCCAGGCGCUGAUCCUGGUCUACGUGGUGCGGGCGGUGAGGAGGGAGAGCGGAGAUGCCACGGGGGGCGUCGCGGACGGGAUCUCCGACUCGCAGGGUUACCUGCUGAGCUGGGACGUGUUCUGGGAUCUGACCAGCAACCUGAUCAUCUCCGGCUGUGAUUCCACGCUCACCGUGCUGGGGAUGAGCGCCGUCAUCUCCUCCGUCGCACACUACCUCGGCCUCAGCAUCCUGGCCUUCAUAGGUUCGACCGAGGAGGAGGAUAAGCGUCUAGGCUUCGUGGCUCCUGUCCUGUUCUUCAUCCUGGCUCUGCAGACCGGCCUCAGCAGCCUGAACCCUGAGGAACGCCUGGUGCGCCUGAGCCGAAACAUGUGCCUCCUGCUGACGGCCAUCCUGCACUUCAUCCACGGCAUGACGGACCCGGUCCUGAUGUCCCUGAGCGCCUCCCACGUCUCCUCCUUUCGCCGCCAUUUCCCGGUCCUGCUGGUGUCCCUGGCGCUCUUCGUGCUCCCCGUGGCGCUCAGCUACGCCCUGUGGCACUCCUACGCCCUCAACACCUGGCUCUUCGCCGUCACCGCCUUCUGCGUGGAGCUCUGCCUCAAGGUGGUGGUGUCCCUGACCGUCUACGGCCUCUUCAUGGCGGACGGCCUGUCCAACGUCCUGUGGGAGAAGCUGGACGACUACGUCUACUACGUGCGCUCCACGGGCAACAUCGUGGAGUUCCUGUUCGGCGUGGUCAUGUUCGGCAACGGCGCCUACACCAUGAUGUUCGAGCAGGGCAGCAAGAUCCGCGCCUGCAUGAUGUGCCUGCACGCCUACUUCAACAUCUACCUGCAGGCCCGCAACGGCUGGAAGACCUUCGUCAACCGCCGCACCGCCGUCAAGAAGAUCAACUCGCUGCCGGAGAUGCGCGGCGACCAGCUGGGGGACAUCGAGGACGUGUGCGCCAUCUGCUACCAGGAGUUCGCCACCUCGGCGCGCAUCACGCCCUGCCACCACUACUUCCACGCGCUCUGCCUGAGGAAGUGGCUCUACAUCCAGGACACGUGUCCCAUGUGCCACCAGAGGGUCUACGUCGCGGACGAGAGCGAGACAGGUGACGCCUUUUCCAACAACAACGGGGGCUACGCGGUGCCGCAGGACGUCGUCGCCGCGGCGGGGCCCCGCCCCCGCCGGGGUGAGCGGCAGUGGGAGGGGCGGACGGACGCCGAGCCGCCGGCCAUGGGGCGGCAGGGGCCGUUGGGGACGGAGGGGUGCCGUAACGCGCUGCUGGAGGACAACGACAGGCAAUAGAUACGCACGAGGGACGAGUGGGGACUCAAACAUUCUGCACGCCGAUAGAGGAAGACAUAUCACAUGUACACGGACCACGCGAGGAAUGACGGGGGAGAGGACAGAUCUAUAGAAAGAAAAUAUACAUUUAUCUUUUAUUAUAUUAGAAAAAAAAAAAAAAAAAAAAAAGUUAUAAAAACACACAGAAUCUUAAUUUGUUCUGGGGAAAAAUGUCAGGAUGUCUUCUCUCAUUUUUCUUGUUUAGGUUUCU